AUGGGACAAGUUCUUGACAAAAUUCAAGGUAAGGAUUGGAGACAAAGGCAAAUACACAAGAUAUCAGACAAGGUGUACGAUCGUUUCAAGAAUGACACUGGAAGAGCAAACUUGACAUUUGAAGACCUUUAUAUAGCUGUGCUUCUGGUAUUCAAUGAUAUCAAUAAGCGCUUGCCUGGACCUCAUUUUGACCCCCCCUCAAAAGAGGACGUCAAAGCUAUAAUAGAGGAGUGUGACAUCAACCUUGACGGGGAACUCGAUCGUGAAGAAUUUGUCAAGUUUGUUCAACGACUAACGAAAGAUACAUUCAUUACCGUCAGUCAGGGUUUGAUCAUCACCCUGGCUAUUGCACCGGCCGUUGCUUUGAUGACAAAGAGGUCUACCGAAGGUGUUCCCGGGAUCGGAAAGGUGGUGCAGAAAGUUCCGAAUUCAGUUUAUGCAUCUCUUGUGACACUUGUGGUUGUUGCCCUCCAGAAGGCAGCCUAUGAGAACUGA